AUGAAUUUGCAUCCUGAAGGAAAUCCUCCCGAGCCUGGUCCAACUGUCCACACACUGCAAAAAAUGCAAUCAGCACCAUUACUUGCCUCCCAGAAUAUUAAUAACAAUAUGCCGACGACGACAUUGCCCUUCAUGUGGCCAGGGAUGAAUAGUGGUACUACUGCUAGUACUACUAUUAAUGGCACUAGUAGUGGAUACUUCAUGCUACCAAACAAUGGAAUACUGAGCACUCCGACCCCCACCAACUACCAUCAAAGCGUGGGUGGGCCUAUGUACAUUCAGAACUCCCUGAUGACCUCUGGCGCACCAUCUCAUGCCCAGAGCUUCGGAUAUGAGGUGUCAUCCCCCUGCUCCAUAGACCAGGGUCUUACCAAUGCUCAUGGCCAGGAUGUGGGUCCAGCACACUAUGCUGCUCACCAUGGUCCUUCACACUCCAAGGAAUCGUUGGCGGAGUUGAUCGAAACCCUGGUUCAACAGAAGGUUGAAGAAACUCUGGCCCAGCACUUAGACAAGACAAAUGAGAAGGCGGAGGAAGGGGCUGUGGAUAAUGGCACUCACCAAAACAAAACAAGAAAGGGUAAAUGGCCACCAAAGGGACAAGUAAGUUGA